AACGGCCAAUCCAAAAUGGCGACCGCCGUUCCAGUUGAUUCGGGAUCGACUGCUCCAACAGACAUUAGGACUCAAUUCUGGAGGAGAGCCUUGCAGAGAGGGUCCAGUGGGUCUCGGAAAAUGGCAUCUCCAGAGAUGCCUGGAUCCAGUCAGAGUAUGAAGAAGACCAUUGGACACAGAGGAGUUGAGACUAACACUGGAGAGACCACCUAUAAAAAGACCACGUCGUCAGCCCUGAAAGGAGCCAUCCAGCUGGGCAUCACUCACACUGUGGGCAGUCUGAGUCAGAAGGCAGAGAGGGACGUUCUCAUGCAGGACUUUGUGGUGGUCGAGAGCAUCUUCUUCCCCAGUGAGGGCAGUAACCUGACACCUGCCCACCACUACAGUGACUUCAGGUUUAAGACAUACGCCCCCAUCGCCUUCCGCUACUUCAGAGAACUCUUUGGCAUCCGGCCAGACGACUACCUGUACUCUCUGUGUAACGAUGGCCUGAUAGAGCUGUCUAACUCCGGGGCCAGUGGCUCUCUCUUCUACGUGUCCAGUGAUGAUGAGUUCAUUAUCAAGACGGUGCAGCACAAAGAGGCUGAGUUUCUCCAGAAGCUACUACCAGGAUACUUCAUGAACCUGAAUCAGAACAAGCGGACCCUGCUUCCUAAGUUCUACGGUCUGUACUGCAUCCAGGCGGGAGGGAAGAACAUCCGCCUGGUGGUGAUGAACAACCUGCUGCCCCGCGUGGUCCACAUGCACCUCAAGUACGACAUGAAGGGUUCCACCUAUAAGAGACGGGCCUCAGCCAAGGAGAGGGAGAAGACUUUUCCUACCUAUAAAGACCUGGACUUCAUCCAGGACCUGCCUGAUGGAAUGCUGCUGGAGCCGGACAACUACAACGCCCUUAGCAAGACCAUCCAGAGAGACUGCCUGCUCCUGCAGAGUUUUAAGAUCAUGGACUACAGUCUGCUGGUGGGGAUCCAUAACCUGGAGCAGGCUAGUAGGGAGCGGGAGCGAGGAGGGGGGCAGGUGGGGGACAGUGGUGGGUCAGAGGGGGCGGUGACCCCAGACCAGCGACGACCCCAGGCCCAGAAGAGUCUAUACUGCACAGCCAUGGAGUCUAUACAGGGAGAGGCCCGCGGGAAGGGGGCCCUGGAGUCUGAGGACCAUAUGGGCGGGAUCCCAGCCAGGAACUCUAAAGGAGAGAGGUUGCUGGUCUUUAUCGGCAUCAUCGACAUUCUGCAGUCCUACAGGUUCAUCAAGAAGUUGGAGCACUCAUGGAAGGCCCUCGUCCAUGAUGGGGAUACAGUGUCGGUGCACAGACCAGGCUUCUACGCUGAGCGCUUCCAACAAUUCAUGUGUAACACAGUGUUCAAGAAGAUCCCAUUGAAGCUCUCCCCGUCUAAGAAGUCUCGUGGUGGGGGUCCGGGGGGUCUGAGGAGAGCUCCUACCCUGGGAGGCCCCACCCCCCACUCCCACGCUGCUGGACAGUCUGUGGUGGACCCCCGACUCGUCUACCACUCCCACUUCAACAGGGCUGACGCAGAUGGAGACAGCGGCAUGCAGUCGGGCAGGCCAGACCUGGUGCCAAGAACCCCUCCCCUGGCGGGAGGGUCAGGGGAUGCAGAGGCCAACCUCUCUACGUCCUCAUUAGGAAGCACAGGACUCACCACCUCCUCUCCUCCGCUACGGUCAGUAGGGGUUGAGGUGCAUAGAGCAGUAACAAGCACAGACCAAGACCACGGUGCCUCCCACAGUAUGGGGGCGGAAGUGAAAGAAUCAGGUGAUCAGUCAGGUAAUGAAGAUGCCAUCUCACUAUCAGACAUCGUCCCAGAGACCAACAUCUGCCAACGCAAAGAUUACAAGAUGGGGCUCGAAAGUACUAUGGUCUGUGUGGACAACAGUGAGUACAUGAGGAAUGGAGACUUCCUCCCCACCAGACUGCAGGCCCAGCAAGAUGCUGUCAACAUUGUGUGUCACUCCAAGACGCGCAGCAACCCUGAGAACAAUGUGGGCCUCAUCACCAUGGCCAAUAACUGUGAGGUGUUGACCACGUUGACUGCAGACGCAGGGAGGAUCCUGUCUAAACUGCACGCUGUCCAGCCCCGUGGAAACAUCAGCUUCUGCACAGGCAUCAGAGUGGCACAUUUGGCUCUGAAGCACAGACAGGGGAAGAACCACAAGAUGCGCAUUAUUGCCUUCGUGGGCAGCCCAGUGGAGGACAACGAGAAGGAUCUGGUGAAAAUGGCGAAGCGUCUAAAGAAAGAGAAAGUCAGUGUGGACAUCAUUAACUUUGGAGAGGAGGAGGUGAACACAGAGAAGCUGACCGCCUUCAUCAACACUCUGAAUGGGAAGGAAGGAGCAGGGUCCCACCUUGUGACAGUGCCUCCAGGUCCCAGUCUGGCUGAUGCCCUGCUGUCCUCUCCUAUCCUUGCUGGGGAGGGAGGAGCCAUGCUGGGCCUGGGUUCCAGUGACUUUGAGUUUGGAGUGGACCCCAGCGCGGACCCAGAGCUGGCACUGGCUCUGAGGGUGUCUAUGGAGGAGCAGAGACAGAGGCAGGAGGAUGAGACUCGCAGGGCAGCAGUGGUGUCUGCUGCUGAGGCCGGGGUUCCCUCGCCUACCGCUGACGAGUCAGACGAUGCUCUGCUGAAGAUGUCAGUCCCCCAGGCUGACACGGCCACGCCCGCUAUGCCUGACUUCAGCCGCAUGACGGAGGACGAGCAGAUCGCCUACGCCCUGCAGAUGUCCAUGCAGGGUGGAGCAGAGUCGAUGGACAUGGACACAGGAGCCCCCGUGGACUCAGAGGGUGGUAAGGAUGAGGAGGACUAUGAUGUGAUGCAGGACCCAGAGUUCCUCCAGAGCGUCCUGGAGAACCUACCGGGUGUCGACCCCAACAACGAGGCCAUCCGUAACGCCAUGGGCUCCCUGGCCUCACAGACAGGAUCCAAACCUGACAGCAAGAAAGACAAAGAGGAUGAGAAGAAGAAAUGAACAUUUACACACUAAACAUAAUAGAUAAUAAUGACUGAUUUUUUUCUUUUGUUGUGUCAAGGUUAAUGAUGAAUGUUGCCUUUAAAAAACAACAUUUGUACUAAAUUGGGAUCUUAUAUCAACCCAAGGACAUUCAGUAAGUGUACAUUGUGUACUGAUAAUAAUAAAUACAUUUACAUAAUUCAAGAGAA